AAAAUCUCCCUCUAUAUUUUCCUGGUGGUUGUUUAGGGUCUCUCUCUCUCUGACUUUCGAAGAUGAUCGAGGUGGUGCUGAACGAUCGUCUGGGGAAGAAGGUGAAGGUGAAGUGCAACGAGGACGACACCAUCGGCGACCUGAAGAAGCUGGUGGCUGCUCAGACGGGUACCCGAGCCGAUAAGAUCCGGAUCCAGAAGUGGUACAACGUCUACAAGGACCACAUCACUCUCAGGGAUUACGAAGUCCAUGACGGCAUGGGCCUCGAGCUCUACUACAACUGAACAAGGCAUUGUAACGAUGCACUGGCCGUGGGACUGAUGCAUAGUCUUUAUAAGAGGUGGUGCUGUAUGGAGUGCAAAACUGGAGGAUGGUGCAGAUUAUGUGUAUUUUCUGAAACUACUUUAUAAGUUCUUUGUUUACUUAUAUUUCAAUGUCUACUCGAUACAUUUGGGUUGAAUGAAUUCGGUGUAGUAAUGAUACAUAAGCACUCAAGCUGUAUAACUUACUCUUUGACAUAAGCAGUAUCGGAGUAAUAUUGGUGUCUCUGUUCAGCUUC